AUGCUCCUACGAAGCAAACGUGCUUUUGUCUGUGUAUCCUACUUAGCUAAAAACAUUUUUUGCAAGAAACUAUUCGUAUAUCAGAUGACUGUAGGGAAUUUAGAAGUUGACCCUUCUUUGAUAGGUAAACGCUCUUUAGCGACUUGUACAUCACCUCCUACAGCGAGAAGGGCUAAGAAACCCAAAUUGAAGAAAUAUAAGGCAAAAAAGGUCGAUCCCACUUCUCCUCUGGGAGUUCUACAGUUCGAAAUUGACUAUCUCUUGAGGGAGCAAAACUUGAAGCGUGAAGAUGUAUGCAAUGACGUGUCUGCCAUUUUAAAUGAUACAUCAACAGUUGAUGGAGUAGUAGCCAAAAUGUACCAUCGCAUUGUGGACAAAGUAAAAAUUUUGAAACUAAGUUCCAAUGGCGAUGGGCUGGCAAUUAUAGAGAAUCCGGUGGAGAAAAAUAAGAAACAGGUAGUCAUUGUUCCAUUUGGUUUACCUGGUGAUCUUGUCAAUAUCAAAGUGUUUAAGACGCAUCCACAUCAUGUCGAAAGUGACUUAUUGAGUGUGACCACUCCAUCGUCUAUGAGGAAUGACGAAUUGAUAUCGUGUAACUACUUUGGAAAGUGCUCCGGUUGUCAAUUUCAGUUUCUCGAAUAUGAUAAACAAUUAGAGUUGAAGAGAACUACGAUACAGCAAGCCUAUAAGUAUUUUGCUCCACGUUUAAUAGAGGAGGGCAUUCUACCAGAUAUUGGCUCAACUUUCGGGUCUCCUCUGCAGUUCAAUUACAGAACAAAGUUAACACCUCAUUUCGAUGUACCAAGAAAGGUCAAAACUUUAGAAGCAAUACCCGCCUUAGGCUUUGGUCAAAAAGGAAGGCCUGCUUGGAGAGCAGAAGCUUCCAGAUGUGGCGGCAAAGGAUCUAUACUGGACAUCGAAGAAUGCCCAAUUGGCACUGAAAUAAUCAAUAAAGGAAUGAAAAAUGAACGGAAAAGAUUUGAAAAUGAAUUUACCAAGUACAAAAAAGGAGCUACAAUUUUGUUGAGAGAAGACACCACUGUUUUGGACUCGUCCAAGGAUACAGCGUCCCAACUAAAAUCAGAUGGUUCAACUGAUAACGAAGGAAACUUGACUCAUAUUGAAACGGAAAACUCUGAAAGCGGCCAAAAGUUGUCAAAGACAUGCGUGACAAACACAAGACAAAUUGUCACGGAAUAUAUUGACGGUUACACGUUCCAAUUCAGCGCAGGUGAGUUUUUCCAGAAUAACAAUUCCAUUUUACCGCUAGUGACAAAGUAUGUUCGCGAAAAUCUACGAAUACCAAAUUCUGGCCCAGACGACGAGCACAACCUGAUUGACGCCUAUUGUGGAUCCGGUCUUUUCAGCAUAUGCAGUUCUAAAGGUGUCAACAAAGUAAUCGGUGUUGAAAUUUCUGCAGAUAGUGUAUCAUUUGCCGAGAGAAAUGCGAAGGCAAACGGUAUAGAAAACUGUAAAUUCAUUGUUGGUAAAGCUGAAAAACUAUUUGAAUCCAUUGACAUCCCAAAUGACAGAACAUCUGUUAUUCUUGAUCCCCCCAGGAAGGGUUGCGACGACCUUUUUUUAAAGCAAUUAGCGGACUACUAUCCCGCCAAGGUCGUGUAUAUCUCCUGCAACGUCCAUUCCCAAGCCAGAGAUGUGGAGUAUUUCCUCAAAAGCACUGAUAGAGGCAAGGAUUACAAAGUCGAGAGUAUUAGAGGGUUUGACUUCUUUCCUCAGACCCAUCACGUCGAGAGUGUCUGUGUUCUUUCCAGAAAAUGA